AUGUCUAACAGUUUAUUGUUGUCUGAAUGCAUGCUGCAAAGCGAGAAAUCUGUUGCAUAUUCCACAUCAUUUUCAUCUGAACUCUACGCUCAUAGCAACGUGUGCCAAUUUACGAUUUCUACGUCUGAAUCACAGGGUUUCUCGUGGAAUCAAGAUAUAUUUGCAAGUCAAUACCAGCAGUUAUGCAAAGUUAUCUACGACGGACAUGUGGAUUCAGUGGACACACUUAUUCAGAAAAUCACUCCGCCUUCGUACCAAGAUGAAAAUAUCUGUCGUGAUGUAUUCCAUGAUGAUGAAAUGGAGCAAGAGGGUGAUUACUCUGAUGGAAACGUGGAUUCAGACCGGUAUGCGACUCGCUCGACAGAUAUCAACGAGUGGAGAAACAGGUUAACUCGGGAGUUAAGCAAACCACGUAGAAAGUCAGAAAGGAGCAUUUCAUUUGUAUCUGAUUCAAAAAAUGGGACAUACCGCGUUGCAGACGUUAUCGAAAUAGAUGUUAACUCUGCGACACCAGAAAACGUUCGUCUUCGUGCCUUAGUAGACGAUUUGUGA